GAAAUUGUUUCAUAAUCCAAAAAUGGUGAAGCUAACCAUUGUUGGAAGAGUGAAAGAUGGGUUACCACUGGCACAAGAAGCAAGGUACAUGAACAACGAGACGACGACGUCUCACAACUUAUCAUCUAACUACAAGCAACAAGCUGAGUUCCUUCUCAAUGAAAUCUCCAAAGGAGCUUUACCACUUCCCUCAAUGACCAUCCGCGUUGAUCACCAUUCUUUCAACUAUUUGGUGGUGAAUGGAAUCUGCUUCAUCACAUUAUGCGAUUCUUCAUAUCCAAGAAAACUAGCAUUCAAUUAUCUUCAAGAUUUGCAAAAGGAGUUUGACAAGUUUGAUAAUGGCCUCAUUUACAAAAUUACUAAACCAUACAGCUUUGUUAAAUUCGAUAGUAUUAUUUCUAGUAUUAGGAAGCAAUACAUUGAUACAAGAACACAGGCCAAUUUAUCGAAGCUGAAUGCUAAUCGUCAUCGAGAACUCGAUAUAGUUACCGGAAACAUGUCUGAUAUCGUAGAAAGAAGACGAAAUUCGGAAAUAUUAGAGACACCAGCAGCUAAUUAUACCCCUCAGAGCUCCUCUCUAUUAUGGGGUUCUCCACGGCUUGAGGCAAUUGCAUUGAUUUGGACACCCAUUGCAAUCAUUACUGUAAUUGCUUGGAUUCUUUUAUGGGUUAGCCUAGUUUUUACAGAUGACUACUUAAUAUCAACUUUGUAGAGCUACUCAAAUAAUAAAUCAUGAUCAAAGAAAGCUUCAAUUCACCGCAAGAACUUCAAAUAUAUGUGCAUAUAUAUAUACACGCCAAAAACCAUGAUAUCAAUUGAUCA